AUGACUUACAAUAUGUUAACUUUCUGCUUACUUUCACUGCUUGCUUUUUCUUCAGCAUGCUACAUCCAGAACUGCCCCAUUGGAGGGAAGAGAUCCAUUCUGGACAUGGAAGUCAGAAAGUGCAUUUCCUGCGGACCUAGAAACAGAGGCCACUGUUUUGGGUCCAACAUCUGUUGUGGAGAAGAGCUGGGCUGCUACUUGGGCACAGCAGAAACCCUGCGAUGCCAAGAAGAAAACUUCCUGCCAACCCCUUGCGAGUCUGGAAAGAAACCCUGUGGCAGCAACGGAGGAACAUGUGCUGCAUCUGGCAUCUGCUGCAACCACGAGGGUUGCAUGGUUGAUUCUGUAUGUGAUCAAGAAUGA